AGUCACAGUUCACUCUCUCGUUUAUCAGUUCACUCUCUCCAAAACGCAAACCCUAACACACAAACACCGCCGCCGCCGCUGCAAAGACAAAAGAUGGGGUAGGAUCUUCUUCUACAGAGUGUAUCUUGCUCAUUGGUGUCUCCUACAUCUUUUUCUCUUAACGUUUUUUUUUUCAAAAGAUUCAAUUGUGAAAAAGAAACCUCUGAAGAAAAUUGGAAAAAUGGAGCAAGGAAGUAGUAGCAAUCCAGGACUCAGUGCAAGACAAAGUGUUGAACAAGGGGAUAGUGGUAUAGAAGGAAUGAGAGUUGGGUUGGGUGUUAUGGAGCUACAACACUUUGCAACUGCAGCUGCAGCUGCAACUGAGGUGGUGAUUGAGGCCCCUAUUCCUCCUAUUGACAAUAGUAACAAGAAAAGGAGGCCUAAUGCAGAUGGUCCUAGGAAAAAAUCUUCAUGUUGGGACCAUUUUAUCGAAUUAACUGAUGUUGCUGAAAGAACUGCUGCCUGCAAGCAUUGCCAUAAACAUUAUAGAUGUGAUCCUAAAUCACAUGGAACGUCUAACAUGUUGGCCCACUCAAAAAUCUGCUACAAAAACCCUUACCUAGGAAAUGACCUCAAACAAACAAACCUUGCUUUUGGAAGCAGCGGCUUGAUUUCUGUUAGCCCAAAAUUUGAUAAAGAAGCUUGUAGAAAGGCAAUAACUUUGUUUGUUAUCCUUGAUGAACACCCAUUUAGAGUAGUUGAGGGUCCGGGUUUUCAGAUCUUAUGUAAACAAUUAGAACCACUUUUAAUUAUCCCUUCUAGGAGAACAAUUGCUAGGGACUGUUUUCAACUAUACCUUGAUGAGAAGUUGCGAUUGAAAGCUUAUUUUAGGUCUGAUUGUAGUAGGGUAGCACUUACUACAGACUGCUGGAGUUCCGUUCAAAACCUUAGCUAUAUAACAGUUACUGCCCACUUUAUUGACAAUGAUUGGAACUACCAAAAAAGGAUCAUUAGCUUUAGUUUAGUUGAUAAUCACAAAGGCGAGACCAUUGGUAGGAAACUUGAGGAUGUGUUAAGGGAAUGGGGUCUUAGGAAUGUGUCUACAAUCACUGUUGACAACGCAUCAUCCAAUGACGUGGCUGUAGCAUAUUUGAAGAAGAGAAUUCAUAUCAAGAAUGGAUUAAUGGGUGAAGCUGGUUUUUUUCAUAUGCGCUGUUGCGCACAUAUUCUGAAUCUGAUUGUCAAUGAUGGAUUGAAAGAACAAGAUACAGCCAUCUCCAAUAUUCGUAAUGCUGUGAGAUUUGUGAGGUCUUCGCCGCAAAGGGCUUUGAAAUUCAAAGAGUGUGUUGAAUUUUCUAGGAUUACUUGCAGGAAACAUCUAUGUCUCGAUGUCUCCACAAGGUGGAACUCGACAUACAUGAUGUUGGAUGCUGCUGAGAAGUUCCAAACAGCAUUUGAAAAAUUGGAAGAAGAAGAUAUAGGGUAUGUUGAGUGGUUUGGACGUGCUAGUCCUCCUUGUUAUAGCGAUUGGGAAAAAGCGAGAGCUUUUGUGAAAUUUUUGAAAAUAUUCUAUGACGCUACCAAGGUCUUUUCUUCAUCUCAACAAGUGUCACUCCAUACUGCCUUUCAUCAGUUAUCUAAUGUUUUUGGUGAGCUUCAAGAAGCAUCUAUGAACUUGAACUCGGAUUUAGCCUCGGUAGGUUAUGAGAUGAAGCGUAAGUACGAUAAAUAUUGGGGAGAGGAAAAAAACACCAAUCAAUUUCUCUAUUUUGGAGUGAUUUUUGACCCUCAUUUUAAGUUUAGAUAUAUUGAGUGGUCAUUUAAUCAACUUCAUGGGGAAGGGACUGAAAAAUCUUUGAAAAUGGCCAAAAGUGUCAAGGAUAAUUUGUUUAAAUUGUACACCUGGUACAAAGCUGCUUAUGACCAAAGUAAUGUGACCAUAGAAUCACCCGUUGUUGAUGCUCAACCUAGAAUUACUUCACUUUCUCUAAGGGCUGAUGCUUUUAAGCAACAUUUGAAGGAUAAGGAUACCAUUGAUAAACAAAAUGAACUUGAGAGGUACUUGAAUGAUCCUUGUGCAAAUGAUAAUGACAAAUCAUCAAUUCUAACUUGGUGGAAACUAAACAGACCUCGUUACCCAAUUCUGGCAGCAUUGGUGAAAGAAGUUUUGGCCACCCCUGUUUCAACCGUAGCUUCAGAGAGUGCAUUUAGCACAGGGGGGAGGGUUUUAGAAUGUUAUAGGAGCUCUUUGAGUCCACAAGUGGCUGAAGGGCUGAUAUGCACUCAGAACUGGUUGAAACCCUCUCUUACAUAUUUCAAAGACGUCAAUUACACAGAAGAGUUUGGGAUAACCGAGGAAGUCAUAUCAGAAUUUCAACAAUGCUAUAUUAGUGCAAAUAUUGGGGCAAGUACUGUUGAAGUAGGAGGUGAAGCAGGUGCAGCAGAUAGAGGUGUUGUAGGUUCUUCUCAAACACAACCAAUAGGUUGUGAUUGAGAAAAAUGAUGCUUCUGUUUUUUUUGAAAUCUUUUUGGAGUCAUAUAAGACUCGUGCAUCUUGGCACAACACACUAUAUAUUUUGAAAAGCUUUUUUGGGAGGACAAAAGUUGCGUGACCAGACACGACUACAAAACGAAGAUACUUGGUGGCUUUUGAUACUUGUGAUUCUUCGUCGUUAGUAGAUUAAGCUGUUUUGGCUGUUGGAAUUUGGUAUCUUUAAAUGCUUGGCUGGCUUACUAUCAGAAUGCUGUUUUUUUUAAGAGGGUCAAGCUUUAGAAUGGGCAUUGCUGAGACACCACUCACAUGAACAUUUGGUAUACAAAUCUGUGUUACAUAUCCCGAUUCUGUGGCGCAAGCAAAUGUGCAUGAAAAAUGUUGUAAAAGUAUCAAGGUUCAACAUAUGUUCAUUCAACAAAUAUGCAAAUUCAACAAUACAGAAUGGCUUAUCUAAAUGUUUAUCUCAAGCAGUACAAUCAAAACAUUAUCCAUUUUUGUUGGAUGAAUGAUGGAUUAUGUUACUUGUUGCAUGCAUGGUUUUAAACUAAUUUGAUACUAGUUCUGGAUGACUGUAAUUAGUAACUUUAGAUGUGUUGUGUCAGAUUAAUAGCUCUAAUAUAUGGCUAGAAUAUUGCUUAAUAGAUAUUUUAAAUGUUGAAAUCACUAGACUUAAAAGUGAUUGGUAUCAAGACAUUGACUUUGUGAUGAAUGAUGAAAUUUAUAUAUUCAAGUUGAGUACUUUAAUU